CUGAGUGGUACGGUCCAUCCGCUCUGUGUCGCGAGUAAUGCGGAAGUGACUGUCUGGAGGCGUGGUUGUGUGCGGGGUGUUGGUCGCAGGUUGAGGUGAGAUCGUCUGUGUAGUGACUGCAGCUCCAGCCGCCUCCGUCCGUUUUUCUUCAUUGUACGACUAACACAACUGCCAAGAUGUCAAGCAAAAGAGCAAAGACAAAGACCACCAAGAAGCGCCCCCAGCGCGCAACGUCCAAUGUAUUUGCUAUGUUUGAUCAGUCCCAAAUUCAGGAGUUUAAGGAAGCCUUCAACAUGAUUGAUCAGAAUCGGGAUGGUUUUAUUGAUAAGGAAGAUUUGCAUGACAUGCUUGCUUCCCUUGGAAAGAACCCAACAGAUGAAUAUUUGGAAGCCAUGAUGAAUGAAGCACCUGGACCCAUCAACUUCACCAUGUUUCUUACCAUGUUUGGAGAAAAGCUGAAUGGCACAGACCCAGAAGAUGUGAUCAGAAAUGCAUUUGCAUGCUUUGAUGAGGAUGGACAGGGUCAUAUUCCUGAAGAAUAUCUGAGGGAGCUGCUGACCACGAUGGGGGACAGAUUCACGGACGAGGAGGUGGACGAGCUGUUCAGAGAGGCACCAAUCGACAAGAAGGGCAAUUUUAACUACAUUGAGUUUACACGCAUCCUGAAGCACGGUGCCAAGGACAAGGAUGACUAGGUCUUCGCCUUGAUAUCAUCUCUUUAGCUUUCUACUCUCUGAGUUCCUUCAUCUGGUAGAUCUGUGCAUGCAUGUAUCUCUGUAAAACUUUCUCUGUGUAUUUAUGGAUUUAUUCCAAGCCAAUAUGGCGUACGCACAUCUAUAAGCAAACUGGAAACAGAAGAUGUAAUUGUAACAUUUUACUAGGAAGUAUAAAGAAUUGCUGCACAGCAGACCAAAAGAUUCUGUUUUUUUACUCAAGCUGGAUUUUUUGCAGUUUUGUAAAAAAAAUAAAUAAAUAAAAAAUAAAGAAAUACAAUUGAAAUAAAGAACUGUCUAUUAAAUCGUAUAUCGUUGUGCUCUGGCAGAGUGGAAACAAAUGAUGGUGAAAGUGGCGAUGGUGAAAGUGAAAAUGUCAUUGUACCUCUUCACUUCCAAUAUGCUAAAACCAUGCGCCUUGUUUUACCUGCUAAAGGUCACAGUAUUCUCUCUCUGGCAGCUGCCUGCACUGCACAUUGUUCUCUCAUUUUCUGGAUAUUAUAUUUGAGUCUGUCCGACACGAAGUAUUGAGAAAGAUGCACAAGGGUGCCCUGUCGGCGCUUGGAAAGAGCAUACACCAUCAGCAUAUUUAAAACUGAUACACUUUUAUUUUAUUAAAAAAGAAAAAUGUUGAAAUCUUGCAGCUUAUCUGAAAAUAAAAGUGUUUUUAUCAGA